AUGUCACAGAACCUGGGCUUGACCCGCCUCGCCUACUCGCGAGUAUGGCAUCACAUCUCAGCUAUCGCUCCCCAUCCGACGCUGUCUACCAAGGUCGCCCCGGCUGAGAUCACGCCCCCGUCCAUGGGCCGCCUCGCCUCCCGCAUCGCGAUGAUCCUCAUGGGCAAGCACAAGCCGAUCUGGGACCCCUCGACUGACUGCGGCGACUACGUCGUCGUGACCAACUGCGCCCGCCUCCACAUCACGGGCCGCAAGUACUGGCAGAAGAAGUACUACAGGCACAGCACGAAGCCCGGCCAGCUCAAGUCGCUGACAAUGGACGAGCUCAUGGGGAAGCAGGGCGGCAGCGAGGUCUUGCGGCGGGCGGUGAGCGGCAUGCUGCCCAAGAACAGGUUGAGGGACAAGCGGCUCGCACGACUCAAGGUCUUUGAGGGUGACGCGCACCCGUACAAGCCCAAUUUGGUCCGGUUCGGAGGCAAGGUCGUGGGGACACAGGGAUGGGACGCCAUGGUCGAGUCGAUACGCGAGACGGACAAGAAGAGGUUAUAA